AUGCUGAUACAACCCGUAAACCCCAUCAAACCCGCCACCAACAUCUCUCUCUCAUCCAAAUACUCUACCCCAAACACUUUUCCAACCCUUCCCUCCAAACCUAAAACCCUCAAGUUCAAAGUCCUCUGCUGCUCACCCUCCCCAACCCCAAACCCACCAUCAUCAUCAUCUUCAUCUUCCUCUCCAAUACAAGCCGCAAUCUCAAUACUCCAGAUCAUACCCGACUGGGCAGACAGCAUAAAAGAGCGUGGCUUCAGACAGAACAGAACCCUUUACGACCAUGAGAAAUGGGUUCAUCACAGAAGCUCUUACCGCCAUCUCCGGCACUUUCUUACGAGCCUUUCGUCAAGGGUAAUCUUGUCUUUGAUACCACCAGUCAUUGCUUUUACUUUAGUGGCAGUGGUGAUUGCGAGCUACAAUUCAGCGGUUUCAUUGAAUUGGCUUCCGGGGUUUUUUCCGGUGUUGAGGUCCUCAACUUUGCCGUACCAGCUGACAGCACCGGCAUUGGCGCUGUUGUUGGUGUUCAGGACAGAGGCUUCUUAUUCAAGGUUUGAAGAAGGGAGGAAGGCUUGGACUAAGGUGAUUGCAGGGGCUAAUGAUUUCGCAAGGCAGAUCAUUUCCGCAGUUGAAAAUUCAGGUGAUGCACAGCUGAAGAAGGCACUUUUGCAGUAUAUUGUGGCCUUUCCUGUUGCACUCAAGUGUCAUGUCGUUUAUGGCUCAGAUAUCAGACAGGACCUCCAAAAUUUGCUUGAAUUAGAUGAUCUGUUAGUUGUUUUGAAUUCAAAACAUCGACCCAGCUGCAUUAUUGAGUUCAUCUCCCAGAGCCUUCGAUUGCUAAAUUUGGAGGACUCAAGGAGAAUUAUGUUGCAAUCAAAAAUCUCUUGUUUCCAUGAAGGGAUUGGCGUAUGUGAACAACUAAUUGGUACUCCCAUCCCCCUCUCAUAUACGCGCUUGACUUCAAGGUUUCUAGUCCUCUGGCAUCUCACUCUCCCUAUCAUACUUUGGGAUGACUGCCACUGGAUUGUGGUUCCUGCUACUUUUAUUAGUGCUGCUUCUCUGUUCUGCAUUGAAGAAGUGGGUGUUCUUAUUGAGGAGCCAUUUCCAAUGCUUGCCCUUGAUGACCUUUGUAAGUCAGUUCAAACCAAUGUACGGGAGGCUCUUGCUAGAGAAAAACUAAUUCAAGCGCGGCUUGCUGCAAAAGGAAAGAUCCAGCCUGAGCAGCAGUUUCAAAAUGGUCAGCCUAAGUCUUAG